AUGGACGAGAAGGCGGCGCCUUAUAUCCCAGAUGAUGUUUAUCCUUUACACGUUUUGGAUCACAAUCCAGUUUAUGUGGAUUGGGUGAUGCGAUUCAACGAUGUCCUUGACGCCGACAUGUUGAAGAAAUCGCUUUCCAGGCUCCUGGAGAUUGGCGAUUGGAGAAAGCUUGGUGGAAGAUACAGAUAUAAGCCGGACGGCAAAUUAGAAAUCUUCUGCCCUGGAUCAUCCGCAGGAGAUAGAGAAAAUGUAUCUUUUACGCACGAAGUGAUCGACUCGAACAUUCUAGCCCAUCCUGUGGCUAGCAAACUUCCUCUGAAAACCGACGGCCCGUCAGUCCAGACCCUUGAACCCAACUUUCGGCCAUUUGAUGGGAGGCUGAACUUCCCGAAGUUUGAGGAAUUGACAAAACACGAUAUCCCUCCCAUUUCCGUACACGUUACCUCGUUUAAUGAUGCAACUAUUGUUGCUCUUUCAUGGCCACACCAUCUGAUGGAUGCAAUGGGUGGUAAAGCUCUGCUGUCUGCAUGGUCAUUGGUUCUGGCUGGACAAGAAGAGGAAGUUCCUGAGGUGGUGGGCGCCCGAGAGGACAUUCUCAAAAACCCAGAGAUUACUGCGGAAAAUGACGAAGAGUUCGCGUUAGGCAAAAGCCGUAUGGGUGGUAUAGGCCUUUUACUGUUCCAAGUACGAUUCUUGUGGGAUUGUCUUUGGAAUGGAUCUCGUGAAAAGAAAGUGAUAUACAUUCCCAAGGAAACAUUCAAGAAAAUUGAAGAUCAAGUCAAAGAGGAUAUAGCUGCAAAUGUCAGCGGGGUCGAGACUGCUCCCUGGGUGACUGAGAAUGAUAUCCUCGUAUCGUGGAUGGGUCGAGUCUUCGCAACAACUGAACAAAGCUCCCGUCCCAUCACAAUCUUGAACUUCUUGAACCUUCGUUUCCGAGUUCCACUUUUGCUCAGAACGCCCGGUAUACUGCUACAGAAUAUCUGCGUUGGAACAUACACAUUCCUUUCUGCUGCAGUCGCUCGGGGCCCGGUGGGGCAGAUUGCGCUUGAAAACCGGCGCCAUACUGCUCAGCAAGGAACCGAUGAGCAAGGCCGCAGAUUCAUGAUGAGUAUAUACAAAGAUAUCGAGGAAGGCAGAACCCCUCAUCUCUUUUAUGGGCCCAUCACCGGAGUUGUUUUGCUCGUCAACAACGUUAUUAAGAUCGAGUUGAUCAAAACUGUCGAUUUCGCCCCAGCGGUCAUUCGCACGGGGGAGGACUCAAAGACCAGAAAAAAUCCUCUGGGAAGCAUGGUCAGCUACUACAACGCAUAUCUCGAUGGCAUGUAUGAUGCUCUGAACACAUUGGUGAUGUAUGGAAAGGAUCAUGCCGACAACUACUGGAUUGGCGGUGCUCUCUUGCCUAGGGCUUGGAAGGCCAUCGAUGAAGCACUGAAGAAGUUAUAA